GUUCGUUUUAGAAAAUCAGUAUUUCACGAGAACUCCCAGUGGACAGACGAUCAUUUCGAUUAGUUGACAGACCGACGCACGGUUCGCUUAGAAUAUCCCCACCACUAGCAGCAACCCGUAGCGGACUAACAUCGGUUGUGGGAAAAGUGCUGAAUUACACAACCCGUACGCUAAUUAGUAUGCAUUUUAUCACUAACUAGGAAGUCUGAGCCAGCGACCGCUUUCUACAUAAAUCAGCAAACAAGCUACCAGUGCCAAAAUCCGCCGGAAUACAAUACAUUCCUGCUGGGGAACGCAAUUGGUGCAAAACCGAAAAUGCAUUAUGAAAGCUAGUGAUAUAGUUCGGCAGACGUUCCUGAAAAUCGUACGAUUAGGUGAUAUUUUGUGCGCAAAGUGUGAAAAGUGAAAAAGUUAUCGCAUAAUUGUGCAUAAGUGAUCGAAUAGUGUAGAAGAAAAGCCGUGAUCUAUUGGAAAAGGAAGCUGCGUUAUACAUAUUGGAUUUGUCAAGAAUGAAAUUUGAGUGAAAAGUACAACAAAUUAGUCCAUUGCAAAAAGUGUUCACGACAAGGAGAUCCGUGGAAAUAAAAUGGUCAAAAAGUGCACAACCGAGCAGUCCGUGCCCUGGGUUAUGAGUGAUAAAACAUUACAGCAGAUCGGUUAGUGGCUGUUGAGAGCAUGAAGUUGCUAUUCAAUACGGUGAAUCACAGAAUACGGAAAAAUAAACGUUAGAUUAAAAUAAGAAACAAGCAAAAAUACGAUGCGCAAAAAGCAAAAACUACUGCCGGGGGUGUCGGACAUCACCGUUGUACUUCUGUUAGCUAGACUAGUGUUAGUGUUAGGUCAGACCACCUGUAACAAUGGGCUCGGUCGAGUUCUGUACGAACGGCUGCCGAAUCAGCAGCUGCAGGGUUUCGAUGACGAUGUGGUCCGUGAUUCGGCGCCACCAUUUCGAGUGCUGGAGAAGUGUCAGGAUCUGUGCCUGCGAGAUCGUACGGCGUCCACUAAUUUGGGUCGCGCUUGUACCAGUUUCGACUUCCAGCCGGGUAAUCGAAUUGCGUCGUUUAGUGGUGGAUCCGAGUACGAGGAGUCCACGUGCUAUCUGACCCGGGAACAGGCUGCCCCCGAAGGUAUCGGCAACCUGAUGCUGGUGCCGAACAGUGUUCACUUCACCGAAGUGUGUCUGACCUCUAGUAGACCGGAUAGGGAGUGCCCAAGUCGACGAUACGUUUUCGAAAGACACCCACGAAAGAAACUUAAAUUGCCAGUCUCCGAUAUUAAGGAGGUAACUGCCGCCAAUCGCUCAGACUGCGAGGACAAGUGUCUCAACGAGUUCUCGUUCGUGUGUCGAUCGGCUAACUAUGACUCGACGCUGCGAAGCUGCUCCAUGAGUCGCUUCACGCGUCGAACUCACCCGGAACUGCUGGAAGAUGAUCCUAAUUCAGAUUAUCUGGAAAAUACCUGCCUCAACGCAGAACGUCGCUGUGAUGGACUGGUAGUUUACGUUAAGGAAGAGAACAAACGCCUCGGCGGACCGUUCGAAGUAGAGAUCUUCAACAACAUGACCCUGGAAGAGUGCCAGUCAUUGUGCUUAAGAGCCGAAAAAUAUUUCUGCCGCUCAAUCGAGUUCGACGAUCAGUCGAAACAAUGCAUCCUCUCGGAGGAGGAUUCAGUGUCGCAAAAGGAUGAUCUCAGCAUUAGUUCUAGUCCCACUCAUCACUUCUACGACUUGGUGUGCCUGGACAACCAGCGCGGAAACGACUAUCCGGAAAACUCCGUUACGUCCCACUUGUUCGCUAGCGGCCGUCGCCCAGAUACCGCUUUUCAGCGCUAUCGAAACUCAAGGUUAGGUGGAGAGUUCCAUUCGGAAAUCACGGGCAGGUCGUUGAGUGAGUGUCUGGACGAGUGCCUUCGGCAGACCAGCUUCCAGUGCCGAUCGGCCGUCUAUAGCGAUCGCUUUCGAACCUGCCGUCUCAGUCGAUACAACCAGCGGGAUGGAAUGCGCAUCAUCUACGAUGCGGACUACGAUUACUAUGAAAACCUUAUGCCACAUUUAGUGGGCGGAGACUCGGACACGAACGCUGGCAGACCGGAUCCGACGGACUGGAGACCACCUUACGGAGAUCGCGAUCGAGAUAGGGUUCCAGAUGAUCGACUUCCAGGACGUUACCCAACUGGUGAUCGUUUUCCUCCGGGAUCUAGACCAGAUUAUGGAGGUGAACCAUUCCCAGGUGCCUAUCCAUCGACGGACAGGUAUCCCGGGCCGACUGACCGCUACCCGAUGGGUCCUGGUACAGACCGAUAUCCACAAGAUUUUGACAGUAGAUAUCCGCCGGUGUAUGACAACCGGUUUCCGGGUGAUCGUUACGGACCAACAGACCGGUAUCCGGACCGUGAACCUGAGAUAUAUCCGGGUAGCCAUCCAAUGCGCUAUCCUCCGCCCCCAGACAACAGAUAUCCCACACCCGAUUCACGCUACCCCUUCGACUCACGCUAUCCUCCAGACUCCCGAUAUCCUCCGAACUCCCGAUAUCCUCCAGAUUCUCGAUACCCUCCGGACUCCCGGUAUCCCCCUGACUCACGAUAUCCUACAGAUUCACGCUAUCCAGUAGACUCCAGAUAUCCACCGCAUCAGAUGCCAACUCCUGACUCCAGAUAUCCACCUGUAGGUCGCCCUGACUCGCGAUACCCAACCGGUCCUCAGCCUUUGCCGGACACUCGCUACCCUGUUGGUUCUACGCCAACACGCUAUCCACCUUCCCAGUAUAUGCCCCCCAUGUAUCCAGAUUAUCAGUCCGGUUAUCCGCCUCCUCCACGAACACCACCCAAUCGUGGCUACACCACCGACAGAUAUCCCGCCCCACUGAUGCCUGUUGAGAGCAAUCGCUAUCCGGCUCCUGAAACGCGAUACCCAAUGGAGCCGGUACCAGCACAGGGUCGUUACCCUACAUCACCAAAUGUGUCACCAUUCCACAAGUACAUGAACCGCCGUCCGGGUUACGAUCCGUACAUGCCCGCAUAUGGCCCCGACCGAGGUUACAUGGACGAUCGCUAUGGUCCGUACUACCCGCCAUCUGGCGCAGGUCGUAUACCACCACCGAUACAUAUGCCUGCUUUCCCUGAUCGGGAUCGUGGCUAUCGACGUCCAGGAAUGCCACCAGAAGGCGGAGGUUAUCCAUUCGAGGUUCCUUACGGUCCAUCCAGCUCCGGUUACGACAACACACUUGGUGGAGGCGAUGGUUUUGGCGGCUUCGGACCACAGCGACCAUACGAAACGCGCUGCGAUGGGUCGGAUAAUUUCAAACAGAUGGCCUCCAAGCGAAAGAUGCGCAAGCAGUACAUCCGUCGGGUGAUCAGUGCUCCUUCGUUGGGUAUCUGUCAGCAGGAGUGUGUCGGAGCUAGGGACUUCAUGUGCAGGAGUUUCAACUAUCGAGAUGCUGCUCCGUACGAAACAGAUGGAAACUGCGAACUGAGUGAUCGCGAUUCGCGAGAUCUUGACAUUCCAAGUAGUCAGAUGUUCGAGUCGGAUAGCUCGGAUUACUAUGAACGAUCCGCUGGCCGAGCGGGAGGGCAUGACGAGUGUUUGGAUGUUGCACAGCUCUGCAAUGAAGAUGGAAUGGAGUUUACGCUGAGAACGCCCGAAGGAUUUAUUGGAAGAAUAUAUGCCUAUGGAUUCUAUGAUCGAUGUUUCUUCCGUGGUAAUGGCGGAACCGUGAAUGUGCUGAGGAUCAGUGGUCCCCAAGGUUAUCCGGAGUGUGGCACUCAACGGUACGGCGAUACGAUGACCAACAUCAUCGUGGUCCAAUUCUCGGAUAAUGUGCAAACGGGUAGAGAUAAACGGUUCAAUCUAACCUGUAUGUUUCGUGGACCUGGAGAAGCAGUAGUAACCUCCGGCUAUAUUGGAGCAGGAUCUGGCAGUCCGAUUCCGAUCGAGUAUCUCCCGGCAGAGAACUCCAUGAGUAACAAGGUGCGGUUGAUGAUUCUCUACCAAGGACGACCAACCACGACGAUUGCUGUCGGUGAUCCGUUGACGUUCCGCUUGGAAUCUCAGGAUGGUUAUAGUCACGCAACCGAUAUUUUCGCCACAAAUGUGGUCGCUCGUGACCCCUACUCAGGAAGAAGUGUUCAGUUGAUUGAUAAUUAUGGAUGUCCAGUGGAUAACUUAGUCUUCCCUGAGCUAGGAAGAUCCCGCGAUAAUGACGCACUGGAAGCCAGAUUUAACGCAUUCAAGAUACCGGAGUCAAACUUCUUGGUGUUUGAAGCAACAGUACGAACCUGUCGCGGAGGUUGCCAACCGGCUUACUGUCCAGGACCAAGCGGUCGAUCAGAACCGUCAUUCGGUCGGCGAAAACGUUCUGCGCCAGAUACGCCCCUCGAGCUCGACGGUACGGCUGAGCCUCUAAUCGGAGAAAACCUGAACGAAGAGGAGGAAAUUUCCAUAGUCAACGGAACGGUUAUAAGUAAUAAUUCAACCAACAAGAACAGCACGAAAGAAGGAGAGAAAAGCAAUCCCAAUGACGUGGAUGCGAAUGCUGGCGACAUGCCGGAACAAGUGCGGGAGAUGAUUGAGUCCCGCUCUUUCCAUCCACUGCAGGUGUUCCAGUCUCGUGAGGAGAUGCAGCAGGAUACGGUAGCUAGAAAGUUUGUAGCUCCUCAGGAAACUGUCUGCCUAACCCAUUCGGAGUACUACAGUCUAUUGAGUGCACUGAUCCUUCUGAUGAUCUUGCUGAUUGGUAUCACAUUUGCCUCGGGUCUCGCCUAUCGCCAUUACUGGAGGUCAUUUCUGAAAAAUCGCACCUUGGAUCGCACAUCACCGGUGAACUCGUUUACACCCUCGGCUCUUCAUAACGUUUCGAGCAGUCAGUUCCACGCUUCAGGCCGAACCAACUCUACAUCCUCCCGAGGAGACGGACAUGUUCGAUCACCAGGCCUUUCGCUUUUUGGUAAUGGUCUUCAGAAGACGUUCGCAACAGGCAAUCUGUCUCGGAUGUGUCAAAUUCCGGUAAUGAACCCAAUAUCCAGAAACAACAACAAAAGCGAAUUUGAUGACCCUAGCGAACCCAUCUACACCGAUCCUUCCCUCUUCGAGAGAUCCAGAAUAUAAACCCAUUUGCACACCUUUUUCAGAUCACUGCGGAGUAUCGCGGUAGACCAAACCGAUGCCAACAAUGAUUAGAAAGCAAAUUGGCUAGAUGAAAAUAGAUAUGUAAUAUUUUAAAACCCUUUUUUUAAUCUAUUCAAAAUACACAAUAAAGAUUACAUUAAACUAGUAAUGUAAAAAAUAUCCUAUCCAUGUUGAUGGCAAGUAAAACAGAGCUCAUAAAUAUAAGUACUGUGAUGACUAUGAAUAAUAGAAGACCAACCGAGAAGUGGUUGUCUCUUUCGUUUCCUCCCCUUGUAUGAAUACACUUUUGCUAAGCCCCUGCCUUCGUAGCAGCAAUGAACAAAUCCAUUCGUGUGACAGUUUAAACCAAAGAUUGAUUUACUUAGAUUGUGAUUUAACUAACAGUGUCUGUAUGUAGUCGUCAAAUCUCUUCUUAAUUUAUUCGAACUAGGAUUAGAUUAGUUUAGCGUUAGCAUGGCUAGGUUAGGUUAAGCAUAGAGAGACCUAAAUGUACGAAAAACAAAACAAUGUAAUUCACCUAACCACUGGAAAGUAUCACACUGAAGCAGUUUUAUUUUUUCUAUUAAAUAAAAACCUUAUCGAAUUUUACUCGAACUCUAAUAGAUUAUGCUACUAAUGAAUGAUGAACAUGUAAGUGCAUUAUUAUCUAACAGUAAAUGUAAACAAACUAAAGUGCAUCAAUA